AGUUGGAACUCCGGCAUCCCAGAAGAGUCCACGACAAUGUUCAAUAAUUCUUCCCUCUAUUGUCGCGCCCAGACAACCAAUCUUUUUCCUUGUUUUUGCCGUUCCCCAGUCCUAAGUUUUUUUUUUUUAUGAAGCUUCAAGUCUCCGUUCUUCCCCUUCUCUUAUCUAUCUCUCCACUAAAACACCCUAAAAAUAAAAAUUGAAGUGGUUUCUGUAAACUAAAAUUACCAUUCUCUAAGUUAUCUCUGUUUGAUUAAACCCAGAUGUUGAAGGGUUGGAAAUUGUAUCAGAAUUGUUUGUCAGCUCAUCCGGUUAAGACCCAAAUUAAUCAUUUCUGGUAUUCCAUGGGGGGAAUCGGAGACAUUGCUGCUCACAAAAUCACUUACUCCAGAAAGAUACAACGGUAACCACAUCUAACCCAUGUUGAUGAUGAUAAACAAUUUAAGGUUAAAUGGGUAGCUAUUACUAGUGGGUUUGGUUUUGGAUUUGUUGGUCCAAUUUGAUACUACUGGUAUGAAGGUCUAGAUCGACUGAUAAGAUCAUGACUUAGAUUCCACCAAAUUCAUUACAAUGUUUUCGGGCCAAUAUCUGGAAUCUCGUUCUUCAGUUACCUUGGGUUUGCCUCUGGCAAGAAUUUAGUUGAAGCGAAAGAAGGUAUUAUUAAGAGGGGAUUUGGUACCACCAAUGGCCGUCGGAGCUGCAUUUGGACCAGUAAUCCAAUUCAUACAUUUCCGAUACGUUCCGCUUAUGUAUCAGCUCCUCUAUGUCAACAUGUUUUGUUUGUUGGAUAGUGCCUUGAUGUCUUGGAUUGAACAGGAAAAUGCUCCUUGGAAGAAAAAAAACAUCUCACACCUGUUCUUACUUUUGAAGACCAGCAACCAAUCAAGGAAUGCUGGUGUUUGCUGUUUGAUACGAUGAAAUAUUCGAAAGAAAAUUGAGGGUAGGUUCUUGCUUGACUUGGGUUUACAAAUUCUGAUUGUUAUGGACUAUAACUUCAUUUGGGCACUCUUGAACUUGAACCAAGAUUCGAUAGUAGUCGAAUGAAACUCGAUUUCUGUACAACAUUUGUUUUUGGAAUUCAGUAAGCAAAGUUGAUGUGAACUGAACUGGAUUCAUUCUUGGUCCUCCCCAGUUUGCAGCUUUAAAGAUAAUCUUUCUAGAAUUCCUUCUUCAUUUGCAGCUUCCACUAUCUCUUAAAAGUGCAACUGCUAUCUCUUAUCGGAUACAUAGCUAUCGGAGAAUAAACGGCCCGGUAAUCCACGCUUAAAAGUGUUUUAAUUUUAAGACGAUAUUACCCUUGAAAAUUUCAAAACCACAGAGUUAAAUACAAUACCCUUACUGGAAAUGAGGAAUUUUUCAUUUGAAAAGCUUAGUAUAUAUAUUCCCGCGCAGGCAAUUGUUGUUGAAAAUUUGAAUUACGAAAAAUUUGAAUUACGAAAAAAUUGAAUUUCAAAAUGGGGAAAAGAAAGAGUCCAGAUGAUGAAUCGAUUUGUUCACGAAUUGGAAAUACAAUCUGUUCAGAAAUUAGGAAAAGAUUGAGAAGUUAUACUAGAUCUAUUGGCUCAUGUACUUCUUCUCCUCCUCCUCCACCUCCUCCGUCUCAAUCAAGGUUUUCAGGUUUUUUCUAUCGACGACGACCUCCAUAUUUCAACAGGUUUGAAGAGGAUAUUUGGACCGAGAUAGCGAAAUAUUUAGACGGAAAAAGUAUAGUGAUGCUUGGAUCUUCUUGUCGUUGGUUUCGUGAUGUCAUUUUGGAGGAAAACAGUGUUUGGAAAUACGCUUGUUUACGUGAUCUUCAAAUUCCUCCGUUUCGCCAACAAGUCUCCUUCAAAUGGAUCCACCUCUAUGUAUCAGCAUUUGAUGGGAGUCAUUCUUAUCUGUUCAGGCAACAAGACAAGCACAUUGAUUGGAUGAGAAUCGGUGCUUUCUUCUUCGACUCAUCGAUUGGACUCCUGACUGAGAAGAUACCUUUGCUCCAAAGACUCCCUAGAGGAGUGUCUGUAGAGAAAAUGUUGCAGACAACUGGUACUUGCAUCUUGGAUAAUAUUAAAACUGGUAUCUGGAUAGCAGAUCUUCAGGUGGUUCACUGUCCUGUUUGCAACUUGAAAACAUGUGAAGGGACAAUGCAGACAUUAGAUGCAAGACACGUAGAGCUCUUUCUAACUGAGGGAUACAAAAAUGGGAGCUGGGACUACAAAGAGAUUGGAUCCCAUCAAAUCAGGACACCCUCUGAUGGAGCUAUAGGGGUCAUUCUCGACAUUAAGCACCUAAGGGACCGUGCAACUACAGAAGUGUUAGAUUUGAAGAAAUGGAAGGCAAAACCUAGUGACUGGCACCCAAGGGCUCGAAUUUCUUGUCAUGGAGUAGCUGUCAACACCAAUCUUCAGGAAAAUGACGGACUACAUGUUACAUACCAUGCAAUGAGAGCUGGAGAUGCAGACGAUUGUGAAGUUGUUUCAAUUAGAAUCUCUCAACAACUCCUUUAGUUCCUACAGCUUAAGAUUAUACUCGUCAUUCGCUCAAAAAGCUCGUCGUUCACUCAAAAAGCAGGAGCAGUAAUCUGAAAAAAUUAUAGUUCUGUCCACACACAUCACGCACACAGAUAACAUCAAUUCCAUUUGUUGGAUCACAAACGUAUCCAUCAAAUGAUAAAAUUAAUAACUUACAAAAACAUUACCUAGAUUAAGAU